UGGAUUUGGGUUCCCUAUAUCAGCACUAUAAGUACAGAAAAUCGCGCGAUCGCUUGCGAUUAUCACAAUUUAUUGCCAGUUCGCAACUAUCGUCGAUAGGGCCCAACUUUCGAGUUUUGACUUGGACUUUCUCUCUCGUUUUGGUCGGCUCUCUAUUUGUGUCGCGCGUCUUCAAUUAUCUACUUAAAUGGCUUACCAUAGACGCUUCUUUGUUGCUAAAACAAACGAUGGAGGACCUAAAACAAACCAUGGAGGAGAACCUAAAACAAACCAUGGAGGAGUUUUCACAGGCAAUUCAACCAUCCUUGAACGACUGUUUACAGGCAUUUUCAACCUGCCCUGAAGACGAUCAAGUUUGUUGGAGAUCAAUUUCACAGUCGCUACAACAUUGGGAUGAAGGUUCGAUCCCCAUCUGGGCACAAAGCAAUAGUCAACCUGGAAUAAACAAUAGGGUAGUACCAAACCAGACUAAUGUAAGCACAGCCCAAGCAUCUCGACCUACAAACAUUUCCAACUCUCCUCUUUUGCAAAGAAGCCUUUCAACUUUAUCUGGAUCAGAACGAGCUCUGAGGAAAAGGAAAAUUGAUCAGGCAUAUCGUCAAAGAACUAAGAAAGCUAAAGAGGAUAUGCAAUCGAAUUUGGGGAUGCUUACUGAAGAAAAUGAAUCUUUAAAUAAAGAGAAUGAAUCCUUGAAAAAGGAUAAUGCUUCGAUGAAAGAUACUUUGAGGGAUCAAGAAAAAGAGAUUGGUCGGUUGAAGAGUGAUCUUUUUCAACUGAAGCACGAGCAUGAGAAGCAAAAUGUUCUUGUGCAAACACUUUCAGAGCUUUUAGCUGAUCCAGCGCGGCUCGAAAAUGAGAGGCUAAAAGAUGAAAAUGCUUCAUUGAGGAAGAAUGCCUAUCUUAAUAACUUAACACUGCUUGCAGAGGAGAAUGCAAAAUUAAGAACUGAAAAUAAGGUACUCAAGGUGCAGAAUGAUGCUUUAUGUGGGAAGAUUAUUAGUGAUAAUGAGAAGAAGUGUGAACAAGAACAAUAAGCUAAAAUACUAUUUGAAGAUACACCCAGAGUAACCAUAUAAUGUGUAUGUGUUCAUUCUUAAUUGACAAUAUGUGCUAUAUUUAUUUUGCUAGCUCA